GGCAGUGGAAGCAUUACCAAGUGACGGGAUAAAGACGCAGCGAUGAGACGGGAAGAAUGCGGAAAUAAAGGAACACACAUGGACGAAGAUCUGCAAAGAGAAAGGAUGGAAUGACAUAAAAAGAGAAAGCAGUUUGUUGCUUCCGGGCUUUCCUGUCUCUUCCCACUUCUGUUUGGAGCAUCUCACAGUGAAAACACAUACAUAUGAUAUAUAUAUAAAAUUCCUAUACAUAUAUAUCAAAUUAUGCCUGUUUUCAAAGAAGCUGAAGCUGGACAAGGAGAGAAUUGACAACAAUCUUUUGUGUGAUUCGUGAUAGAUAAUAUACAACAAUUUCCCAAAAACUGUUGCAUAUUAUUGGUUUGAGAUGCUUUGGGGUCAAUUUUUGCUCAGGUCCUCAUAAUGUGAAUGGAAAAUUUGGCAAACUUGCACCUGAACCAGCCCCAAUAACAACUAAAGAGCAUCUGCUGCAGUCCGAGAGGGCUUCCUUUGAAAACAGUUACUGCUGUCGCAUCUCCACUUUGCCUCCGUACUCCACAACAAGCCGGGGAGAUUUAUCCUAGAAAAAUUGCUGAGAGACCAGCUUUAUCUUGAUCUCAUGCUGGUAUUUAGUUAGCUUCGACAAAAGUCCAACCGUCUGGCUUGGAAAGAGGUCAGGUAUUUUUGCGGGAGAGGACAAGAGUUGGACAUUUCAAAAGGGUAGGAAGUUGUUUACCCCUUUUAAGAGAGAACUUAACCAAAAGCCAACAAUGAUCCAUGCUGUGAGAUUCCUCUGAAGUAUUUCCAGCGCCUUUUUUAACAUCUUCCGUUGUGCGGCAUCACUAAGACGUUGAGAAAUCAACAUCACAACACCAUCCCUCCUGUCUUUCCCGCAUCCUUCCCUCCUCAAGUAGGACAAGGCUAAAUAGACAAUACGCAGCUGGUGUCCAGGCUCUGUUACAAAUCCUGGGAUCCAGGGAUAGGAGGGGUCACAGGGGAGGGUGGAUGGGAGAGGGGUCAAGCAACAGCGGACUGGUUGAAAAAAGUCACUGGACUCCCUGUGUGGUGACUGGAAGUGGCUGACAAAGAAAGAGUAGCAGGGGAAUUGAAAUUGUUUGUGCAUGCGUGAUAGGAAAAGAUACCACAGGUGCAAAAGGAUUCUGGACAGUCCUCAUCUGAGGAUUACAGCUGGAUGAGUGCCAGAGUCUUCUUUUAAAGCGGUGUUCACCUGUUGGCUCAUUGACUGAGAAUAGGGAGACAAUUGAAAAUAGAAUACCUGCAAAAAGAUGCCCACCACUAAAAAUAAAGCGAGUCCAUUGUGCAGUGACAUUGUUAGCGGGAGGAUGAAAGAUGCAAGUUAAGCGAGUGGAGUGGAAGAGGCAGACAACUCCUGUGGGAAACAACACACUCCGGUGAGUUUUCCUUGGGACGUCAGAAGUAAUUUGGCGCUGCGCAUCAGAUGUGUUACCCACUCAGGAAUACGAGCAUGUCUCAGGAUUGAGAAAGCCACCAAGAUGGGAGCUUGGGACUGUGAGUCUUAGAAGAAUCCCUCUCUCUUCUUUUGACAACAGAUACUUUCAUACAGAUUGUUCUUUCAUUGAGCAAAGUGGGAAACUGAUUGCAGGAAAUGCUACAAGCACGUUUAUUUGUGGGCAACAAGCGCUCCUAAACUGGACCCACUGCAAGCCAGCGGAUUUGGAUUUGUUUCCAACUCCUGGAUGCCAUAUGGCUCUGUGAAAGGUUCUUCAAUGUUGGGUCAAUCAAUUACACAUCAGCACUGAGGCAUCAACACCAAGGAUCCAAGAUGUCUAGCUACAUGCAACCAAUGUUGGUCAGUUUCUCAGUGGCCAUUCUUCUAGGUUUGACCUCUCUGGGGGGACUAAACCCACGGCCUUUGGGCCAGGUUUCAGCCCAGGCUUUUCCAAAUAAUCUCACAACUGAACCCUCAGUGCUUCCAGAGGCUGCCCUGGCAACACCGACUGCAGACACAGAGGAUAAAACGGCACCAGGCGGUGCUAAUCGUUGCUGGGGCUACUACGAUGUCAUGGGCCAGUGGGACCCACCCUUCAAUUGUAACGCGGGGAUCUAUAGCUUUUGUUGUGGCUCUUGUUUCUACCGCUUCUGCUGCCAAUUCAAAAUCCACAGUUUGGAUCAGACUUCUUGUUCAAACUAUGACACACCCGUCUGGGCAAACACCGGGCGACCGGCGGCACCCGUUACAGAGCUCCAGCAGGAACCCGACCGCGAUCGAACCCACAUGAUCGUGUAUAUUAUCUGUGGUGUGGUGGCCAUCAUGGUGCUCAUCGGAAUUUUCACAAAGUUGGGGCUGGAGAAGAGUCGGGGUGGACAAACGGACAUGACCAAUUCCAGGACUUUGACAGAGCUGCUGAAGCAGCCAGGCGAGGCAGGAGUUGUGGAUGGAACCGGAAUACACCACCCCAUAGGGGCCAAUGGGAUCUCGGCCAGGGCGUUACGCUCCAACAACGAUCAUAACCAUUUGAAUAAUGCAGCCCUGUCUCCUCUGGGUCCAGCCAUGGCCUUGUCUCACCCUCAUAACAACCUGGGAAUCGGUUUCAAUAAGUACUCCUCACUGAAGGGUGUAGACACAACUCCCAGAGACUACUACAAGAGCUACCCAAUGGUAGAUUACACCCAUCGCCAGUCUCCUCCUACUUUCCAGCCAAUCAAAUUCCACCCGAAGGAAAAGUCCUUCCUCCCGCCACCCGACAUCCAUGCACCGCUGGCCAUUACCAUCAACGCCUCCCAGAUCCCCAAACCCAAAAUAUCCAAAACCAACACGCACCCGCUCACGUCGGGAUCAGCCUUCAAAGCCUGGGACCCCAGCAAGAGUCACGUCCAGCGCCCGGCUGCAUCACACAUGGUCCUUCAGGGCCCGCAGCAUCACCACACCAUCCAGCAGCAGCAUCACCAACCACUGCACCAUCAACCCAACAGCCGGCGCCAAGCCUACUCCAACAAACGGCAGUUCAGCAUUGAAACGCUGCCCGAGCUCUUCUCCCAACCGCUGGGCUACGGCCACUCGCCGCACACACACCCCAAGCACAAGGGACUGCCUACCAACAGCAAGACAGAGGUCACUGUUUGAACGCGAAGAGAUCUGAAACAAAAGAAUACACUUUGAAAGAUGUGCUCUGAUAUCUUUUGUAUCCACGGCCUAACUGCGGGAGUGGCGAGCAAAUAUCGUGUAUGAUAAGACUUUUUUUAAACUGCCUUUUCCUUAUCAUAUUUGACAGUAAUAACGUGGGUGUGCGUUGGAAGAUUACUGGAUCAAAACAGCAGACAAGCUGAGAAGGUGGUGGCUGUGAUGUAAAUAAUUGAUUGGCUUCUCAGUGUGUUGGCAUAGCGCUCAACUCCGUUCCAUCCCAAACGUUCCCACCCUAGUGACUCGGCAUUGCUGUGUGGCAAGAAAUCCCACAUGAAGGCCCUAUUUACCCUGCAUGCACCAGCUCAAUCUACCCAUUUUUUUCCUAUCAGAGUCUGCGAGGGCAGUGUUUCCCCCCCGAGACUGUAUCUUCCCAUCACCAGAGACAAUGCCAUCAUGUUGUCAGUUCCCACCGCCCUCCAGCCAGCAGAGGGGUGAGAGAUCAGCCUGGCAAUUCAUACCAGAGAGGAGGGUGAGGGUUAUUUGCCUUAUUGCAGCGGCAAAUAAGAGCAUGAGAGGAACGUGAACUACAAGAGUGGUACAGAGUACACACUUGUCAAAAAUUACAGAGGGUACCCAGGAGCGUCAGAAACCACAGUCGCAUCCACCCCCAAAGCAUGAGAAAAAAUACAUAUUCCUCUCUCAUCACACAGCAGCCUCAGAAACUGUGCACAUGAAUAAGAAAGCUCUGUUGUAGGUAAUUCCAGUCAGACUCCCUUGUGAUCCCGCAAAGGCUACACAUACUUCAGAAUGAACCACAAUAGCUGAAAAGCGCAAAAGAUUGCAACUAUCAAGGUCUUUUUAAAGUCAUUUUCCCCUUCCCAUCAACAGAAUUUAAAAUUCUAAUGUAUCAGCAUGAUGACUUUAGUGGUUGCUGCAAAGCCAGCAAGCUUGAAUUGAAACAUUUACACUUACACUGCAUGCAAAAUGAAAAUUAUUUUUAAUUACAAAGGUUGACCUUUAACCAUGCUAGCUAUACUACAGGAUAGUUUCAUAGUUUCAAUUCAUGCGCAUCUUUCAAGAGCAACAUAAUAGUGUUUGGAGGGCAACAGCCACACGUUUGCAGAAGUCUCUUCAUCAACACUAAUGAUAAAAUCAUGAGUGAGUCCGUGUCAGAGUCCAGUGAUGCAUACUUUCCUAGUAUGGAAGUUCCUAAAUGCAGCAGAGUACUUUAGUGCUGUACAACUAUUUUAAGCAAAGUUGUCCCAAGCCUCCUUGUGACACAGUCCGUCUGAACUGCACACAACAGACCAACAAGCAGUCUGACUUAUUCAUUGAAUUCACCUUCAUUUGUUUUCAUCAGGACAUGCUGCAGAGCAUCUCGUAUGCUUGGCACAUGCUAGUACAUCACAUUGGAACCUAUCACAUUGGAACCUAAUCGAACAGGAUCAUCCAGCAGGGUCACACACAAUUUAGCACCUGGUCUCACUCUGCUGCCUUACAGCCUUCUAGAAGACCAUCCUGAACCUCUUGCAGUAUUUGCCUGAACCUUGUUAAUCUCCCUCCAGAGUAAGUCUCUCAUAAGAGUUAUGAAGGGAAGCGAAUCACUGCAAUGAGUAGAAAACUAAUACAGUUUGCUGCAUUACUCAGAAAGUAUUUCAUUUCAGAAGUAUAUGAAUAAGGUAGACCACGACGUGUCCCACUAAAGUAUCCUCCAUAUGUUUGUGAUAAAGCAUGUGUACCGUAUUUUCACGAUCAUAAGGCGCACCGUAUUAAAAGGCGCAAUCUCAGUCAUGGGGUCUAUUUCUGUAUUUAACACAUACAUAAGGCACACCGUAUUAUUAGGCGCAGGCAUGGUAAAGCAUACGCUAGCUUAAAACAUACGGUAGCAUGCAUGCACGCUAAAACAAUGUUUUUAAAAAGGCAGCGGGAGCAAAACUGAGUUUGGUUGUACUUUAUUGAAGUAUUUAACAAUGUACUCACGUUAUGUUUGAUCAAUCCUCAUCCACAAAUCCAUCAAAGUCCUCAUCUUCUGUAUCCGAAAUGAACAGCUGGGAAAGUUCUCCAUCAAACAUGCCAGGUUUCCUCUCGUCAUUGUCAGAGUCAGUUUCGUUGCCGUGCGGCUCCUCAGAAAUGAUGCCGGGUUUUACAAAAGCUCGAACAACAGUGCAAGCAGACACGUUAGCCCAAGCAUCCACAAGCUUUGUCAAGCUCCGAGUUAUUGCACUCAGUCAAAUGGUGAGUGUAGAGACACUUCUCCCGGCUGUUCUUUGCUCAUUAAUCCAUUGCUCGGGCCACGUCGCCUUGUUUCCGCGGAAAUUCAGCUUUGUCUUCUUGACUUGGCGAAGCUCGUUUUCCUGCUUCCUCCACUUGCGAAUCAUGGAUUCGAUGAUCUUGAAUUCUCUCGCGGCUGCUCGAUUCCCAUGUUCCUCCGCGUAACUGAUAGCUUACGGGUUAAACUGUGCUUCGUAAGCGUGUCUCUUUGUAGGUUUUCGACUGCGGUCAAGCCAGCCUCGACUGCGGUCAAGCCAGCCUCCACUCGUAAAGUAGCAGUCAAGGCAGCCGCCCCUAAUUUUGUUCAUACUAGGCAUUGCGGUAAUAGGUCGCCAACUUGAGGCGAAAGCCAUCUUCAAAAUAAAAGCUUCCCAAUAAUGCAGACGUCAGUGCUCUUCGGUUAAGGAAUGCAACCAGCAAAGUUAAUUUGAAUCUUGAGAUACAUUUAAAAAAUGUAGUUUAUUUGAUAUCUUGGGAAAAAUAAAUGGUAAAUGAACUGCACUUAUAUAGCGCUUUAUCUACACCAUCACAGUGCCCAAAGCACUUUACAAAGCCUCGCAUUGAUACACACAUUCAUAAACCAAUGGGCGACUGCUGCAAUGCGAGACGCUGCCAGGCCCACUGGGAGCAAAUUAGGGUUCAGUGUCUUGCCCAAGGACACUUUGACAUGCGGACAGUCGUAGCAGGGAUUCGAACCUGUUCUACCUACUGAGCCAAAGCCACCCCAACGUAAUCCCAUUGGUAUCGCAAGACAAGUCCAAAUCUGUGCGACAGACCACCAAGGACUCCACUAAAAGAGGUUUGAUGAAGAUAUGAUAUUGUAUUUCAAAAUAAAAGUCUGAAAACUGCAUAUUUUGGUGUCAUUACCCCUGACUGAAAACAUCUGUUAAAAUCUAUGAGCUACGUCCGUAUUAUUGGGAGGCUUUUAUUUCGAAGGUGGCUUUCGCCGCGAGUUGGCGACGUAUUACAGUAAUGCCUAAUAUGAACAAAAUUAGGGGCGGCUGGCUUGACUGCUACUUUACAAGUGGCGGCUGGCUUGACCGCAGUCAUUUUCGGGGGUCCUUAGCCAAACCGAUGCACAUAUCGGAACUAUAUACCUACUGGGGGCGUGUCUUUAGCGUCCUCUGUCACGCGGACCCUUCCCCCUUUACGUCCGCAUGCUGUCCUCAGUCACGUCCACCUUUCCUCUAUAUAAGCAGCAUGUCGGCAGGAAAUGCUCCCAGUCAGUCAAGCGGAGUGCUCAUCACACAACAACAUUUAUAGAUUUUGGAACUCGGUGCACACAUAAGGCUCGCCGCAUUAUAAGGCGCCCCGUCCAUUUUGGAGAAGAUUUAAGACUUUUAAGUGCGCCUUAUGGUCAUGAAAAUACGGUAUGUAAAAUCUGUUACCAAUAAUUAGUCAGUUCAAAUUAAACUGUUUAGUGACUAGGAUAUAUGAGCAAUAAAUGCCAUAGUUUCUUCAAAAUUUAACAAAAAUAUAUUUUUUCUUCUUAAAUUUUGAGAUGGCGCAUACUGGUACUAAUGCACACAUCGUCCAAAUAAAACUGUGACCUCUGUUCUACGUAGGGAAAAAAUAUAUAUAAUAAUAAUAAUAAUAAUCUUAGCCAACUCAAGUCUAACUACUAUGAAUCCAAUGUUUCCCCUCCAAUACAAUUCAUUCAGUGAAAAUAAUGCUACAAUUAUAAAAUAUGGCAUUUUGACAGUAAAAUAUAGCAUUUUCAGCAUAUCAUGGCCAUCAUGUGGGAUUUUGUAUGUAACAGUACUGGAGACGUCUGCAUGGGGCAAAAAAGCUUUCUUCAAUUGUAAUUAUUACAUUGUCUAAUAAAUUCAACAUCAUUAUAAAGACACUUGAUAAUUUUAAUUUGAACUAACUAAUUAUUGGAACCUGAUUUUUUUGUGGAACCAUUUUUCUGAUACUCACAGUUAUACUUUGUGGUCAUCAAAGACAAUGCAUUUCUGGUGUACAUACUUUAUUGCCAUAGUCAGUCAUCCAGAUUCUCCAAUUUACAUCUCAGUAUUAAGGAGCCACAAAUGUACACAAGUGGGGGUGAGGCAAGCAGCAUAGUUAAACUUUAAUACGAGAGAAUAAAUUAGCAAUAUAAUGCCCCACUUGUGCAGCAGCGAUGGCUUCUCCACUGUACCACUUCAAGAUGUGAAAAACCUGUUAGGCAAGCUGUUGGAGCGGUGCUCAGUGCUACUGGCAUGCUUUUGUAAUAAGGGAUCAGCUGAGAACGGGGAUCAUGAAUACAAAAGCAUCAAUGGGAUGUGCAUCAAACACAUUCGCGCUUAUGCUCUUGCCAGCGACGCACACUAUGUAAUGCAUCAUGCUGCAGGUUCCUUUGUCAGGGGCCUCCCCUUCUCACUGACUUAUUCUCGCAGGGCGCCACACUUUUAGUGGGUCACUUCAUAGGAAAAAGCCUCCGCCAAAAUAUUCCGUGGGGUUCUGUCCUGAACAGCUCGGAAUGCAUUAGAGGUUUAGAACAAACACGGAAUGACGGUGAGUAAACAAGCAAUACAGUUAUGUGUCAGGGAAGCAAUAAGUGCCCAACUGAAAAAAUUGAGUCAUAAGAGUUAGUUGGUUAAUGAUGAGACAGAAAAGAGAAAAGGCAUUGCAUGGAUUAAUUGGUGAUUUUACAUUCAGAUUUGACAUGAUGUCUUGGUUCUUUCUCUCUACGCAAACACUCACCAAGGACACACUCUCUGGCUGAAGCUGCACAGUUUCAGCAUUUUUGCAUUUCUAUCAAUUUUUGUAAGCAAUGUAUUUCAAGCAGCACUGACCUCUGAGGUUAUGACAACGGAGCUAAAAGAGUGGAACUUGGAAUCAGUACCUACGGCUCUCAGGUUACUGGUAUGGAUUUGAACCUGCAGCAAGCUCUAGGGGACAUUUUUGGGUGUGAGAUUUUAAGGAGACACCGUGAAUGGUGGAUUAAGACCUUUUUAUCCUUGUGCUCUUUUGGAGAAACUCGUCAUCAGAGAUGCAUUUACUGGUGAACAAGAGAACACAAGGUUUUCUAUUUCCAACCUGGAUCCAGGAAGCAAUGCAGCAUGUUUUUUUCUUCUUCAGUGUUGGAUGGACUUUGGAAAAACACUGCUGGCAAAGCGCUACACAGGCCUGUAAUGUACAAGACAAUGUAAAUACUUGCACAAGAGAGGUGCAAUACUAAUGAUAUCUUCCAUAUACUGUCCACAGCCUUGCGGCUCAAAAACAGGACCAAAAGCCUUGAAAGGGAAAAACGUGAGUACACCAAACUGAUACUUUGACAUCCAAAAGUGUGUAAAUGCCGAGACGUUUUUGGAUCAUCAGCUUAGUGUGUAAUUUCUCCUCAUAAAUGACAAACUAUGGCUACGCUGGCUAAACUCGGCGCUAACUGACUGUUGUUUGUAAAUCUCUCCAAAAGAAACAAAUGCAAGUAUUCUACCACAGGUUUUCAUGAAUGCGACCUGGUAGACAUACUUGGGCUCCAAGAUCCCUAGCAAUAUAUAGAUUACGGUGUAUGGGUUUUUGUUUGCUGUCUGUUUUUUGUUGGUCGUUUUGAUUGGUUUUGUAUUGUGCUUUUACAAGAAUUGAAAUAACUACUAUAUAUAUAUAUAUAUAUAUAUAUAUAUAUAAAGAUAAAUAGAUAUAGAUAUAUAGAUAUGUUCAUCUGACCAAUGAAAGUUAGACGUGCUUCCAGAUUUUAGACUCAUGGCUGCACGACCUUUACCCCCCCCCCCCUCCCCCACCUGGCUCGCAUUCCCUUCUUACCAGAGGAUGUCAUAUUUUUGAAGCUUGUGAUCUUUCGACAUUGUAUGGUACACACGCCCUCAUGUAAUUAAUGUGAUAACAUAUUACAUUGUAUCAAAGUGCUUUGCCAACACAUUAGCUCAAUGUGGGAGGAGGAUUCAGAUUUCUAUCUGCAAAAAAUAAUAAUAAUAAUAAAAAUAAAAAUCAUGCAUAAUUUCAUGAUAAAUUGUACCAGGCAGCAGUAGGUCGGUCGCCUUUGAUUGCUAUGUAUUAACUGUGUAUAUACAGUAUGUAUGCUGUUCCACUUGUCUGCUGUGAAAUGUGUUGGGUACUCAGCUUACAGUAUAUAAGGGCUUUUUAUAGAUAUUAAAGCAGACUGGGUAAUCUGAUGUCACACAUUGUAACUGAAGUCAAAUUUAUUUGGAAGUUUUUGGGGGGUUUUUUAGGGAAGAAGGGAUAAUAAACAGAUUUUCAUGCAUAAAAACGUAUAAAAAUGGCAUUGGCCUACUGUAUGUGUCCUGUUUGAAUAAAUCUUUGUGUAAUACA